AUGGCGUCUUCGUUUCCUUCUCGUCCUGUUUACGAUCAAACAUCGAAUGAGUUUACAGCAGUGGGUCUGCAUUUCUUACGUUCUUAUUUUGCUCGUAAUCCUCGUCCAAAUGACAAUGAAUUUAAGGAACUUGAAAAGCAAUUUGGCUGUGAAAUUCGAAAAUUACGAGAUAGUUUCAUAUGCAUGCGACGACAUGACAAGCUGAAGCAAGAAAAAAGGGCCAAUUUGAAUGAUACAACAACUACCGCACAUGCUUGGUCUUUAGAAUCAUUACCACCGGAAAGUCCUGAAUUAUCAACACCUAUUGAAUUUCUCAACACAAUAUCAAGAGAUCAAGCCGGUGAUUUUUUCAAGAAAAUUAAAACCAAGGGUGGCUACAAAUUACUCAUGAAUCCCAAGCAUGUGGAUGUUGAAAUUCCUGUAGAAGAAAUUGACUUAUUGUCCAGUGUAACACCCGAAGACGGUAAUUGA